AAGAAAAAUAGAGGAAAUCAUAAACGGUUAAAUUAUAAGUAUUAUUUUAAAAAUAAUAUCAAGUGAACUAAAUUAAAGAAAAGUGAAAAAAAAACUAAUAAAUAAUUAAAGAGAAAUUACCAAUAAAAAUCUAUUAAAAAUAAAUUCAAUUGUUAAACAAUUGUCUGCGUAUAAUUUUAUAUAUAAAUAAAAAUUAAUUUAAAUUUGAAAAAAAAACGUGCUAAAUAUUAAAAAACAAACAAACACAAAAUGAAUGUGGAGGAUUUUAGAAAACAUGGCAAAGACAUGAUCGAUUACAUUUGCAGCUAUGCGGCAAAUAUUGAACAGCGCGAUGUGGCGCCAACAUUGGAUCCUGGUUAUUUGAAACAGUUGUUGCCAGAUGAAGCCCCCUUAAAGCCGGAAAAAUUCGAAACUGUCCUCGAUGAUUUCGAAACAAAAGUCAUGCCCGGCGUUGUCCACUGGAAUCAUCCGAAAUUUUUUGCAUAUUUCCCCUCGGGAAAUUCCUUUCCAUCCAUAUUGGGUGACAUGCUGAGCAGUGCAAUUGGUUCGAUUGGAUUUUCAUGGGCAUCAUGUCCAGCAUCAACAGAAUUGGAAACCAUUGUCCUGGAUUGGUAUGCCAAGGCGUUGGGCUUACCCAAAGCAUUUAUUACAGAUGUACCUGGCAGUCGUGGUGGUGGCGCAUUGCAGGGUUCCGCCUCCGAAUGUACACUGGUGUGUAUGAUCACAGCCCGGUCCAGAGCCAUUAAUAAGCUACGUGGCAUAACAUCAGAAAUACAUGAAAGCGUUUUCCUACCCCAGCUGAUAGCUUACGCGAGCAAAGAGGCACAUUCAUCUGUGGAAAAGGCGGCCAAAAUGGCUUUGGUAAAGUUGCGCAUUAUUGAGGCUGAUGAGAGGGGACGCAUGCGUGUAGAUCUACUGCGACAGGCCAUACAGAAUGAUGCAAAUGCGGGACUGACACCAUUCUUUGUGGUGGCCACCGUGGGCACCACUGGUGCCUGUGCCUUUGACAAUCUCGUGGAAAUCGGUAAAGUGUGUAAGGAAGUGCCCAGCAUAUGGUUCCAUGUGGAUGGUGCCUAUGCGGGUAACUCUUUCAUGUUACCCGAAAUGCGUAAAUUUUCCGAGGGCCUGGAGUAUGCCGAUUCCUUUAAUACCAAUCCAAAUAAAUUGCUGUUGACCAAUUUCGAUGCGUCGGCCAUGUGGGUAAAGGAUGUGAUGAGUCUAAAGACCGCCCUGAAUGUAAAUCCCCUGUACCUGCAACACGAACACGAUAAGGCCAUUGAUUAUCGACACUAUGGCAUACCGUUGUCUAGACGUUUUAGGGCUUUAAAGCUUUGGUUUGUCUUCCGCACAUAUGGUCUGACCGGUUUACAGGCCUACAUCAGGAAUCACAUGGCACUGGCGAAGAAAUUUGAAAUGUUGGUGCGCAAAGAUGAUCGCUUUGAGGUGCGAAAUGAUGUCUAUCUGGGAUUGGUAUGCUUCCGCAUGAGGGCUGCUGACACAUACAACCAAGAAUUGUUGGCCCAAAUCAAUCACUCCGGCAAGAUGCACAUGAUUCCCUCCAUGGUCAAUGGCAAAUAUGUGAUACGUUUUUGUGUCACCUAUGAACAUGCCACCGAGAAGGAUAUAGUGGAUGCCUGGACCGAAAUCAAAACAUUUGCCGAGGAUAUUUUACGCGAUGCCACAAUGGAAAUCUCAUCACUGCCACCGACACCGGAAAAAGUCCUAUCCGAACCACAACCGAUCACCGGCAAACCACCAAUCAAAAAGAAGCUCACCCGCACCAAAUCCUUGCGUUUCUCCUUUACACGCAGCAUAUCGCGGGAAAUGUACGAAUCACAGAGCGAACAUCUCAAGGAUGGUUGUACACCGAUACUGGUGGUCGAUAACAAUGCAAUGAUGCAGAGUUUCCUCAAGGCCACGGCGGAAAAUCAACAGAAUAAAUUGAAAGAUAUACAGGAUGUCGAUACCGACGAGGCAAGCAAUUAGAAAAAAAAAUUAAGAGAAACAAAAGAAGAAGAGGAGGAAAGAAGGGAGAUAUCCCAUUUUUAUCCUUCCUUGUUUAGUUGUAAUUGAAUAUGUAUGUAAUUCCUUGUCCCUCCCAAAUAGUAUUAUAUGUAAAUGUAUGUAUUUGUAUUUGUAUUUAUUAUUAUUUUUGUUUUUUUUUUUAAUUUUUAAUCACAAAUUGUAAUAAUUACAACAUGAACAUAUUAUUGUAAUUUGUCGCUGUUAUUUGUAUUGCUCUCAUUUUUUUUUAUUCCUCGCACAUUUUUACAAUUUUUAUUAAUUUUAAAGUUUUAGUGUUAGGUCUACUUUCUUUUUUAGAUUUUUCUUGUGAUUCAAUCACGAACCGAGGCUCGAUUGCAGUUCGAAACACUUGUUUUUCAUUUCUUUAUUUAUUUAUUUUGUAAUUUUAAAACAUUUUUAAUAUAUAUGUUUACACUGUAUGUAUGUAUGUAUUUAGUUUAAUAAUAUUCAUCAUUUGAAUUCGAAUUUUGUUUGUGCAUUUAUUAAAACAAUCGAUAUAUUUAUUUGUAUAAAUGUACUGAACAUACACAAUGACAUCGUAAGUUGUAGUACAAAAAGGGCAGUAAGUCAAAG